GGUAAUACAAAUAAAAAGUUAAAAAAAACUUUAUUGGUCACGUCACCUAUGUUUUGACUAGCUCCUAACUCAAAAAGAACCCCCCGGCGUCGAGCUGGUAUUGCUGCUGCAGCAACAGUGGUCGAGGAGAGUUCUAUUUACUACCCGCCAGGCAUCCAGUUCAUGAGGACCUCGGGCUCAUUACCUGUCUCUCUUGGUGCCUCGAGUUGGAUACGCUGAUACACUCUACAUAUGUGUAUGUCUGAAACCAUUGUCUCGAAACUCGACGGCCGUCAGUGAUCUCGAGAGGAAAAGGGCAGAGACAAGCCAAAAAGAGAAGGAAAAGAGAAGAAGAAGAGACAAGAGAAAGGGAAAAGGAGAGAGACACAAAAUAUACUUGAGAGAAAACAAACUAGCUUAGCCAUGGGCUUGCUAGAAGUUCUCUGGGAGCAGGUCUCCCUACGGGGUACCAUCGCGCUCCUCGCCGUCGCCGUUGUUGUCUCGUCCCUCGUAACCACCAUCCAGGAGGACCGCCAAAUAAAAGCCAUCGGCCACCGCGCGGCCAAGGUGCACAGUAGGCUCCCCUGGGCCUUGGACGUGAUCUACAGCGUCGUGCAGGCCACCAUACACCACACAAACCUCGAGAAGUGGACUAUAUUCUUCGCGUCGAGCGGCACCGACGCCGCCAGUGGUGGUGGGAACGGCUCGUACACAGCCGAGGUGCGCGCCGUGAGUCGCCGUUGUAUAUUCACAGCGAACCCGGAGAACAUCAAGGCGAUUCUGGCGACGCAGUUUGGGGACUUUGGCAAGGGUGACAUCUUCCACAGGGAGUGGGAGGCGUUUCUGGGUGACAGCAUCUUCGUGACGGACGGACAGAUGUGGCACACGAGCCGGCAACUGCUGCGCCCGCAGUUCGUCAGGGACAGGAUCAGCGACCUGCACUGCUUCGAGUCGCAUCUCCAGACGCUUUUCAAGGCCAUGGCCAACGGAGGUGCUCUGAGGGGCGAGGACCAGCAUGUCGACAUGGCUGCCGUGAACGGGAAGGUGAUGGAUAUCAGCGACCUGUUCUUCCGGUAUACGCUGGAUGUGGCCACUGAUUUCCUUUUGGGCAAGGACGUCAAGUCUCUGAGCGACCCCGAUCAAGAGUUCGCCCACGCCUUCAACGAGGUCCAGCGCAUCCAAAACAUCAUCACACGCUGCGGGCCCGUCUUCGGAACACUCGUUCCUAAGGCGCACUUCCGGCGGUGCCUGGCGACCAUGAACGCCUUUGUGUACCAAUACGUCGAGCAGGCCCUGCGUCUCUCGCCCGAGGAGCUUGAGACCAAAGCCAAGUCAGACGCCUCGUACACUUUUCUGCACGAGCUGGCCUCGUACACGCGUGACCCCAAAGUCCUGCGCGACCAGCUCGUCGCCGUCCUCCUCGCGGGGCGCGACACCACAGCUGCCACCCUCUCGUGGGCCUUGUAUGAGCUAGGCCGCCAUCCGCAGGUCGUUCGCAAGCUCCGCGCCGAGAUAUUGGACACCGUAGGCCCGGACAGGACCCCGACGUAUGAGGACCUCAAGGGGAUGAAGUACCUCCAAAACACUCUGAAUGAAACCCUCCGUCUGUACCCCUCCGUCCCCUUCAACGUGCGCUUCUCCCUGCACGACACCACGCUUCCUCGCGGCGGUGGGCCCGAUGGCUCCCUCCCCGUGGCCGUGCCCAAGGAUACCCCCGUCGCCUACUCGACCCUCGUCAUGCAGCGCCGCGCCGACCUGUAUCCAGUUCCCUCUGACAGCUCCCCACCUGCCGACCUCUUCAGCCCAGACCGCUGGGCCACCUGGCAGCCUCGCCCCUGGCUGUACGUGCCCUUCAACGGGGGGCCGCGCAUCUGUAUCGGGCAGCAGUUUGCGCUGACCGAGAUGGCUUAUGUGCUCACGCGCAUGUUUCAGCGCUUUGAUCGGGUGAAGAGCUUCAUGCAGGAGGUGGACGGCGGCAAGCCUACACUCAAGGCCGAGAUCGUCUUGCAGCCGGGAGAUGGGGUGCGUGUUGCUUUCUGGGAGGCGAAGGAGGGGUGA